GGGGAUAUGGUAACUAACUUCUUGUAAUGUAAGACAUACAUGGUAAUCACUGGCAGUGACACUGAGAUGCUUUCCAAGAUGCUCCUCCUGUCAAUGUCAAUCCAGUGAGCUGGUGGCACCAUCAAAUUCUGCGAAUUGUGGAUUAAUUUCACCCCCAGCAGGAAAACAGCAGAAAGCGGCAUCAUCAAACAAAAACGUUAUGAUUACUAUAUGUAAAUGCUGAGUGUGGUGCAGAGUCAGUGAAGUUAAGUUACCCCAGUCGUUCCCCCCUCUGUCCACUGUGGAGUCGGUGACCUCUCUAGCAGCACAGACAGACCCUGGCCGAGCUUGCAGCAACAGGGCGUGCACCAGGGGGCGUGCCCGAGCCUGGUUUCGGGUCUCCUUGCUUUCCCUGCACCAGAGCUCCAGAGAGAAGCGCUUUGGAAGGACCGUACUGCACCUUUGCGCAAACCUUUCCUGGGAUCCGGCGCGCACCGAGCAGCCUCCGCUAAUGGAUACAUACAGGAGCCCCCUGCCCGCCGCCCUGUUGCUCUUCUUCUUCUUCUUUCUCUGGGAAAUUCCUUGUUUUCAGCAGGCGUCCAUCCCUUCUGCUCUGAAGCCCAGGGCACUGAGAAGGCAGCGCAGGGAGGGCAAAGUGUCCAACCCAACUGACAGCCACUUGCUGCCCAAAACUGUGCCCACGGUGGUGCCACACGAGUACAUGCUCUCCAUUUACAAGACUUUCUCUGCUGCAGAGAAACUGGGGAUUAAUGCCAGCUUCUUCCAGUCCUCCAAGUCUGCCAACACCAUCAGCAGCUUUGUGGAUAGGCGGAGAGACGAUCUCUCUCCCCCUUCUUUAAAGAGAAAGAAGUACUUGUUUGAUGUCUCCACUCUGUCAGACAAAGAGGAACUGGUUGGGGCUGAACUGAGGGUAUUUCGUAAAGCCCCCAUGGAGUCAGCCAAAGCGCCUUUAGACCUGUAUAACUUGCAGGUAACAUCAUGCACCUCCCAAGCACAGCUGGACUCCCGGACCCUGGACCUGAGGGACACCCCCUCACCGGGCUGGCAAGUAUUUGAUGUCUGGAAAAGCCUACAGGAUAUCAGCCAAGGCAAGAAACAGAUCUGUUUGGAGCUAAAAGCUAUCUCAUCCACCACUGGCUUGGAGGUCAACAUGAGAAGCUUGGGUUUGGCCAGAAAGACCAGAUCCUACCAAGAGAAAGCUCUCCUGGUGGUCUUUACUAAGUCCUCCAGGAAGAACCUCUACAAUGAACUGAAGGAACAGGUUCAUUCUUCAAAAGGUAUGGAGAAGGAAGCAAAGCUGCAUUUUAAAACCAAGAGGAGGAGAAGGACAACUUUCAACAAUAGGCAUGGGAAAAGGCAUGGAAGAAAAUCCAGGCUGAGAUGCAGCAAAAAGCCUCUCCAUGUCAACUUCAAGGAGCUCGGGUGGGAUGACUGGAUUAUUGCACCCCUGGAAUAUGAAGCUUAUCACUGCGAAGGGGUUUGUGAUUUUCCCCUUAGAUCUCACCUAGAGCCCACCAACCAUGCUAUUAUCCAAACAUUAAUGAACUCAAUGGACCCGGGUUCUACUCCUCCCAGCUGUUGUGUGCCCACCAAAUUGACUCCUAUCAGCAUUCUUUAUAUUGAUGCCGGUAAUAAUGUGGUCUACAAACAAUAUGAAGAUAUGGUUGUGGAGUCCUGUGGAUGUAGGUAACAGUUGGUGUGCUUGGUCUUCUGCCUACUAGCAUGGAGAUAUCAGAGCAAUAAAUAAACUCAAAGAUAAGAGCGGGCUGGCCCCAGGUUCAAGAUCCCCAGGGGGGUUCUAUUCUGCCUAUCUGGUGUACACCUACACCCCCCCCCCCCACACACACACACAGUGGAUUAGGCACUAUUAUAUCACAGGUUAUAUCGCGGGGACUUUGCUGUUCACAGACACUUUGUAACAACCAGCAAUAAAACCAGCUGUCACCUUAUGGCAGGUCAAUGUUCUGUGCAGAUCCACUAAAAUGAAGGUGUUGAAUGAAUAACCAUUCAGUGGGAGUAUAAUGACUAAUCUACUUUAGUCUGAAUAAGGAUCUGCUUUGCAGGAGGUUCAGUUUCCAGGACUCGCCUCUGGGAGAGAGGAGGGAAGGGAGUCUGAUGGUGGCACUUUGAAACCCACCCCUUUCUCUUUAUUUUAUUUUUUGUUCCCAGUCUGAUAGAACCAGCCCCAUCCAUACAGAAUGCUGGGAGUCAGGUGUGGGGAGAAAGGGAUUAUGUUUCUGCUUUCUCUGUUGAUUUUUGGAGUGUACACAAGAUGCAUUGACAGGCACCUGUUCAAACUGAGUCCAUUUAAGAUUACAGGGAAGCAAUAUAGUCUGUGCCUUUCAUGGGCUGGCAUGCGGAGAGUAAUGGAAGCGCAUAAGCCCCAAUAAAGUUUUUUUUUUAACCCAAUUUCCUUUACAAACACAUUGAGAGUUAUCUGAGGAUUUACAUUGCAGUAAAUGUUAAGACAAUGUAGUAUGCACAAUGGAAGCAGCUAAAGAGAGAACUAGAGAUGGUGAGAAGAUAAGUAAUGCUGGGUGAGUGAUUGCCAUUAAAUAUGUGAAUAGUGUAGUAUGGCUGGUGCUUCUCCUGAUAUAAGGGAGGUGGAUAGAUCCAACUAUCACCAUUUCAUCUGCCUAGAUAAAUAACUAUCAGUAUGUUAGAGAGACAGGGAAACAACCCACACACGUUCAAUUUGUUAGAGAGAGACCUGCAUGUUUGAGUGUAGUAUAGAAAGAGAUGCCCUAUCUACCAGGUGCAGCGAGGGAGAUACCAAUCUAUUUGUCUGUUAAAGAGAGAUACAAUGUAAGUGGCAGAGAGGGGAUAACUACUCCUCUGUUACUGACAGAUUCCUCUCUGUUGAUCUAUUAGGCAUGCUAACAGAGACCCAUCUAUCAAUCUUUUAGAGGCGAACCUAUCAAUUUCAAAGAGGGAGACAGAUCAACAUAGAGAGAGAGCUGUAUCUCUCAGAGGGAGAGAACACUAUCAGUAUCUUCACUAGUGAGAGCGAGAUCAACCUGCCUAUCACAAUAUGUAAAUCUAUUACCCAAACCUAUUUCAUUCUGUUGGAGAGAGAAAGCCCUAUCGCCCCAUGAAACAGAGGGUAAGAUACCAAGAAGGCAGCAGACUGUUACAGCAGGUUAUUCUUAUUUAAUGGAACAUUUUAUCCUGUUGCCAUAUGAAUAUGUUGGGAUAAGAGGAGGUAGUUGUGUUGUAUCUUAGGAAGCAGAUUACUUUGCACUGUUUAAGGAGGGUAGAAGUUCAAGAAAUAAUUAGGAGGUAAAUUAUGUUUGGGGUACCUGAGCAGUCCCAAACUCUUUAAUGGUGAAGUUCUGUGCUUCUGAAGAUGCCCCAGUAGCUCAUUUUUUCUGCUGAUUCACAGCAUAAGCUCUGGGCUGCUGUCAGUUACCUGAGCUUAGAGACCCACUCACAAUAUACAAUAAAUAUGUAUCAUAUAAAACCAUGAGGUUGAUGAAUAGUUAAUUUAGAUUCUAGUUACAUGGCAACAAAGAAAGUAACCCUUACUAGUCAAUAACAUAGAAACCAAUACAUUCUGCAUUUGAAUAAACAACCAUCUCUGCAGCAACAGCUUCCAUAACAGAUAUUACCUAAUUUUCUGAUAAUGUUCUGAUAAUUUCUCACAACCCCUAAGCUUGGAUACUCAACAGCAGAGCACAAUGGGCAUGUGUAGUUUUGGUGACACUAAAAAUAAAGCCUAAGAGGAUCCAAGAUGGGGAGCUGCUGAGAACACAUUUAAAUGCAUGGAUUUUGAAAGUUAUGAGAGCUGCUGAAGCUCUGACCUGGUACAAGUUCACCAUAUAAAAGACAAUAUUUGUAGACAUAUUUUUUCAAUGAGUUUAGUUAUCCUUUACGUUCCUGACAAAAAGAUCACCUGGAUCCAGAAGAUAUUCAUCUGGUUGAUGAAAAAUAGCAUGGAAAUGGUUAUUACCCCUUAGUUGUGCCACAGUACAAAGACACUGACGUGCCCCUCAGUGAUUGAUAUCACAUGGCCUUUCAAAUAAGAGCAAUUGUUACUGAGCAUUAGUGAUCUUUUAGUAACAAAUCACAGUGUUACCAAGUAUUGCAAAAUGUGCUACUUGUUCUCUUUUUUUAAUCUCUAGCAUUCCUACAAGAUUAUUAGUUCUAAGGAGCCCUGGGGCCAGAGAUAAAAGAUGAUUUGUUCGAGAUGAUAAUUACCAGUUAGAGGACUUUUAAGACUGAGGUUGAAAGUCUCCCGACAUAGCAAAGAGCCUAAAUUAAAAGAAAUACACACCUCUCCAGUAUUGCUGUCUGAGUUCCUUCUUGUUGCUUCUAGCACCAUAGCUGGCAUGGGAUUUGUCUGCAAUAUUAAAGGAAAAUAAAGCUAACAAUCUUGCUCAAAAAAGGACUUUGUAACACACCUACUUAUCUUAUGUAGCAUUUUUCUCAUAGACAGAACUAAAGAUAACAUAUCCUAAAUUAUUCAGCAGGGAUGGAUUAGUUUAGUUUCGAUUUCCCGCAGAACAGGAAGUAAAGAAGUGCACAAAUUAUUUGUCCUUCAAAGAAUACGGCAGAAGCAAGUUAGAUACAUAAAAUAAUUUUUAGUUCGGAACCCCCCUCCCCUUGGUAGAGCACCCUUUAGUUUUUAAAUAGGCCUGUAGCAGUUAUUUUCCUAUAAGGAUAUCAAAGAGAAUAAAUGUCACCCUGUCUGGUCUUUCAGACUGGGCCCCCCUUUAAAGUCUUUUUUUUUUGGUGGGGUGCUGGAGAUCUUUACAGCACUAUGCAUCAGUAAGUAUCUCUAUCUAGGAAAUAGCUGCUCUAUAUAAUUUAUAUCAGUGCUGUCCAAGGUUUUGUAUACAGUAGGCAUAUUAUUUGACUUACUGCAUAUUUAAGACCCAUGUUAUAUGUACACGAUGAUUUAUUUGAUCACUAGGGGAGCUGCUUGUGAAGUGCAAGUGCAAACAGCAUGGCAGACCCUCUUGAUAUGUAUAAAUGCAGCGGAACAGUGCUAUAUACAUACAAUAAACGUCAACCUCAAAAUUUACUGUCAAUGUAAAGAGUCUCUUUUUCCAUUAAACCACAUAACUGUCUAGACACACCCAACCAUAUUCCCUCAUACAACCCCCUCAUAGAGGGAGUUUUACCUACAAGAUGAGUGCACUUCUGAACACAGGUAAUGAUACAGACUCAUGCAUUUACAUUGUCUGUUCCCUAAACUGAAUGACUUGGACCUGGUCGAAAAAAGAGUUGUUGCUAUUGUGGCCUAGCAAUAAUCUAAAAUGCACAUUUGCUUUGUGAUGCACUGUUGUUCAUGACAUGGUUGUACAUAUUUGUUUAUUUAAAAA